UCCGUCAGUGCAGCGAUUGUGGCCAGAACGUAGUAAUGGCAGAACAGGGAAGGCACGCAAAUCUGCUCAGAAUCGUCGGCCACGACGUCGUCGGCGUCAACUGGAGACCGACGCGGCUCGCCGAGGACGUGCCGCAAUCUCGUAUUUGCGGCCUGUGCGGCGUCCUUCCAAAGAGCACGGUCGUGCUUCCGUGUUCGCACUUUCUGUGUGAGCUGUGCCUCAGAGCCAGCGUCCAAGAUGGCGGCUGCCUGUGCCCUUUGGAUCGUGAGCCCUUCGACGAAGAAGAAUGCGAGAGGAUCCGCUUGCCAGCGAGGAAGGCGAACAGCUUGAAGGCUCACUGCUGGAACGAAGCGCAAGGUUGCGAGUUCACAGACACCAUGGAAUCUUUGCUGCAUCACUACGAGAAAGACUGCAUAUUCCACGCGGUAGAAUGUCAGCGCUGCGAAGAAAAAAUCCUACAGCAAAACCUGCCGGCACAUUACCUCGCCGGUUGCGCCGUCCCCGCUGGCACACAACAGCCGACAUCGCACGGCGGUCAUUUGACAGUUGACGAGCUGAAUGCAGCACUAGCCGAGUUGAAAGUACAUAUCAGUGAAUCGUGGGCCGAGCUACAAUAUCGGAGUCGAGUAAACGAACUGUUCCAACAGUCCAGAAGCCAAGGCCUGCAGUUGGUUGAAAUGACCCGGACGCUCGAAGUCUGCGAGCGUGAUUUAAAAAGCGUGAUGCAGCAAGUGUCGGAGAGCCUAACUUCGGUGGUUAGUCGAGACCACAACGAGCUCGCGGAAAAACUCGAGAGUCACACCGAGCAGUUGCUCCGGAAGGUUAAAGACUGCGAGGACGGCUUGAAAGGCGAGAUGGAAAGAAUUGCGAACAGUGUCGCUGAGAAGGUUCACAGAGAGUUCGAAUCUCGGCAGCACCCAAUAGCUCAUCGUUCAAGGCGAGAUUCGGCGCCGGAAGUUCGUCGAGGAGGCGCAUUUCAAGGCGCAAGUGGAUCAGGAACUUCGUUGCCGUCGUGUAAGGAACAAGCUAUAAUCCUUCGAAAGUUGGAGGUUUUCGCGAGCGUUUCGCUGACUGCCCUAGAACACUUGCGCCAAUGCGCUCCGUCCUACGCGCGGCGCCCGGCAGCUUACUGCGAGCGACUUCCAAACUUCUUGCACUUUUUCCCGGACGAAACUCUGGCGACGUCACGAAGAGACGGCAUCGAAGAGAACAGGUUUGUGACGUAUCGCUUGACCAUCAAGAACGCCGACCAGCUGUUCACCUACCGGGACCGACCGUCGGCUCAAGUGUUACGCUGGCACCGGACCGACGCGUGCUUGUCAUUCGCGGUCCGUGCGAUGUCCACCUCCGACGCUCUGCUUGUGGCGGUGUCUUGCACUGGCUUUCUGCGUGCGUCACGCUUGCUAUCACCUGUCACGAGUGUGACAAUGCUGCACGAAGACCCCGAGAAAAACUGCGUGCUGGAAAAAUACUUCGCCGAACAGAACAGCAACUCAGAUCGCUUGUUCAAAACUGGAGUCACGCAAACCCGGGACACUGGCUUCAUUCGCGACGGUGAACUGAAGUUUGACGUAGUCGUCGUCGACGAAUAGGUUGCGCGUUUUACUGGAGCUUUAAGUGUUUUUUGGUAUAAGUUCGACUACCGUGGCGCCAGGUGCGCUUUGCUAUUUACUCGCACAAUAUAUACAUGGGCGCACGCGCGCGAUGCCACUGCCCAGCUGCGUUGCUACGAGUGCGCGCCAUAGCUACAUUCACGGUGAAGGCUUCCUCAGCCUGGUGCAUGUCUUUUCAAGUGAAAUCUACCGAUGGCUCAAGGAGUGGUCACGAGACGUGCCAAUGCUGUCUAGAACGCUUUUAAAAAUAUUCUUUUGCGUGCACGCUUUAUAUUGCAGUUGCAUCUUUUAAUACACCAGGUGACAUGCCAUGUAGCAGUUGCAUAUGUAGUUGUACAUAGAUAGACAAGGUUUG